CCCGAUUAACGUUACGCGCUCGGAUUAUAGUGCGUCAUGAACAAGUGAAUAUCGAGUGAAAACAUCGCGAUCCUCGUCUCUAUCCUGGCUCCCGUGACGCAAUUUCGCGUUCAACGCAUCACGAGAGUAAAUAACUAAGACGGAGAUUCGUGAUAGCAAUCAGAAUUACGCGAAUGUAUAACCUAACCAAAAAAAAAGAGGGCGGUCGCGUAACAAAGAGGACAUUUAUGUUUGGUACUCACGAUUGGAGACAGAUGAAGUUGGAUGGAAGAGUGAAGGUGCGAGAGAGACACAUGGUGAUUGUGUGUGUGCAGUCAGGAAGGAGACGCGAGAGAGAGAAGAAAGAGAAGGAUCACGCGUGCGGUUCCUCGGUUGUUAGGUCGUCGUUACACAGGUUCUUAAAGGUCCCGUGGUCUGGCGUCUGGCUGUGUGUAGAGUGGAGUGUAGCGAGCGCGGGGUUCUCGGUGUCGCCGCUUCGGUCGGUGCGCGCGCAGAGCCUCGACCGGCGUCCGCCAGGAGUCGCUGGCGCUGUGGCCGGCCUCGGGCUGCGCGAGCGGGCCGUUCAGUCUAAUUUGAACCGUCGCGCGCGCCCGACGCGGGGCCACCGACAAUCCCUUCUCCGCCUCGACGUGACACGAGGCUCCUCGUGCAUGCCGCGUGCAACACACGCGCCGAUCCCCCGCACGAUAUUAACCGAACGCGUGCCCGCCAUCCAGCACAACCGACAGAAGCAUCGUUGCCAUCGUAGAAUCGGUGUCGAAGUUGAACCGUGUACUACGAUCGUCUCCUCGGUCGCUCCUCCUCGCGAUUCCGACGACCACGCUCGUUGCUCCGUUCACCGUCUGCCGAGAAUUUUCGCUCGCAAACCAGCGUUUCGUGUUUCGCUCGUUCUCAUUCUUACGUUACUCGCGAUUCGUUGACGUGUGCGAUCGUUGUCGUCGUCGUCGACGACGUUAGUGCCGCGAUCAUCGCGAAACGUCGACAAGUCUGGACGGCAACGGGGAGGAGGAGGCGGAAGAAUCGUGUGGUAAAACUGAACAGUGAAGUGCGUCGCGCAAGGGCUAGACUUCGACGGUCGACACUACCAACCGCGCGAGAGUCUCGUGAGUAUAUUUAAAUAGUGUGUCCCUCUGGCUGGUCAGAGGAAGCCGACAGUUUCUUGGUCUUCUUCUUCGUCGUCGUCGUCGUCGUCGUCGUCGUCGUUGUCGUCGUCGUCGUAGUCGUCGUCGUCGUCGUCGUCGUCGUCGUCGUCGUCGUCGUCUUCUUCUUCUGCUUCGUCCUCUUCUUCUUCUUCUUCUUCUUAUUCCGCUCCUUCCUACGUCGUGUGUCAUCAUCCUCGGCUUUUCCUCGUUCGGAGUGCAACGUGAUACGACGAGAGACCGAGCCACGAGAUCGGGGGUGGCGCGAAAUUCUUUAUCGAUUCUCGACAAUUUAUUUCGAAAUACGGAAAGUGUGCCGCUGGGAGAGUGCUCCAAAAAACCAAAAUCAAGUACGGUCGAUCGAAGUAUUUCGGAUGACUUGGAUCGAAUCGAUUCGACGACAAUGAAGGAGUAGUCGAUUCAACGUGUACGCACAGGAUACAACGAUCGUCGAUUCGGAGAACCAAGUCUCUCGAUCGAUCCGAAAAAGGUUUGAAAUCCAACGAAAAAGUCGUAGAAGUAUUCUAUUAUUUUCAAUAUAGAAGUGUCGCGUAUAUAAACAAAACUAUUUACAACGCAGGCACGACAUUAAGAAAGGACGACGGCGCCUGUUACGGAUACGAGGAAUCGCGAGCAGGAUGUUAUUCUCGAUCGAUCGACAGGAUGAUCGCGAGUUUUGAACUGUACUUCUCGAUGCGGUUUAGAGGGAGUACAAUCGCAGUAGCCGGCGGUCGUGAUCGUUUGCGAUAAUCACGAAUAGACGCAGUACGAUUUCGUACCGCGGUGUUCCUGUCGCAUCCAUCCCGAGGCAUCAAGGAUGAAGAGGACGGUACUAGGCUGGACGAAGAGCAGACAGCUGAGAAUCUGUCCGAUGGAAGUCCCGAUGUUUUGCUGCUGCCGGUGGUACAACACCUCGUGAACGAGCGAUUCUCAUUAUUCGACGACAGUCGUCUACGGAAGGAAGGAGACCUUGGUAGACGAAGGGGUCGCGAAGACAGCAGUUUCCGAGCGAAUGAGGCUUCGCUGAAGAUUAAACGCGAGCGAGAGACAGGAGGAGAGGGACGCGAUAUCGAUAGCGAAAGAGAUCUUCUCGCGAGAUUUUUAGGCGAAUUCGCGAACAAAGAGAGAGAAGAGAAAGCACCAGAGAGAAAGAGACAGAGAGAGAGGGGGGGAGAGAGAGUGUGUGUGAGAGAGAGAGAGAGAGUGGUGUGUGCUGCGUUCGGGGUGACCGAGGUGUCGACCUCACCCCCGAUUAAACCAGCAAGCAGGUCGGAUGAUGUGGGCGUCUCUGUUUUUGGCCGGGAUCUUAAGCGGCUGGUGGGGCGCACUGGCGCUCGCUGCGGCACCCCCCGCCAAUUGGAACUCCCUCGAGGAGACGUCGACGAGGACCACCAGCGACUAUCCACCAUCGAUGAGCAUCGCCGCCGUUGAAAAGCCCCUCGAUUACCGUUUACCAACUUGGAACUUCGUUACGCGAACUAUCGAUAUACGCGAGCAUCGAACAGCCGACCAGACCCUCGCCCAACCUACGCGAGAUUACAAAUUACCGGUUGACGACGACGUUGAACCAACGUCGCGGCUUAACCAACGAUCCGAACAACUUCGGAAGGAACAGCAAGGGAGAAGAUUCGCCUCGAACUUGCAACUCGCCACCGAGAAUGAUAAACGGUUCGUUGCAUCGGAUUCGUGGAUGUACCAGGAGAUCGGUGACGAGGGUCCAUCGUCGACGAUCGAGCAAGCUUCUGGCAGCUAUCGAACUCCGACUUUCCCGGUGGGAAACCUUCGUUCCCAAGAUGCUUCGAAGAGAUACACGACUCAGGAAGAGUUCGACGACUCGAUACGCGACGUGUUCGUAUCAUCGUCGAAGCGGGUCAACCGUCGUCUAGAUGACGAGACAGCGAACGUUUAUCCAAAGAUGGAGGAGACCGGAUUGACCCAGCUACCUCGUCACUCGUCCACGCAAACACCGAUUUUGCGUUCGUCCGGGACCGAAUCGUCGAUGGAGAGGCCGCGUGUCAUCAGAUCGACCAAGCAACGACCAAAGAACCGUACGAAAGCGGACUCGCCGAGAGAACAGCGACGAAGAUGCCGAAACAAGGGUUGCCGUGGUCAGAACUGGUGUCCCGACGUGGACGUUGGGAACAGGGCUUAUCUAGCGCCAACGGUGUUCGAGGGAAAAGCGAGAAGCAUGUCCUCCGUGAGGAAACCAGGCUCGAACUACGCGGUGACGUUCGAGGUGAAGCAAGUAUACAAAAGCCAGCCCGGUUUCCAGCCGUUGCAAAAGAACGACAGCGUCAGGCUGCACUUUCGAGACAAAUCGGCGCCCGGCAAGUCGACGGUCUGUGGCUACGACAACGAUGGGAAGCAGCAGCAGCAGCAGCAGCAACAACAACAACAACAACAACAACAGCAACGCGAUAAUCAGAGUGGUGUGGUGCGAGCCAAUAUUAAGAGGGGUAAAGUGUAUCUAGUGUUUGUGAAUCGCGUGGGACCCAGAAACUUCACGAUCCUCGGUGAGCCGGUGAUACGAAGCAAGAAGAACGAACAGGCGGUGCAGGCUGUCAUUCGACCGGAUUACGUGAGGGAGGUUACGUUGUCCGAACUCAGGGACUCGAUAGCGAGGUUACGGGAGAGAGUGAAGCUCGUAUGCCGAACGAGGGGUUCUCCACCCCCAAGGGUGCACUGGCUGAAAGACGGUAUACCGCUGCACCCUCGAAGAGGCCUCAGGAUUCAACACAAACGGCGGAGAUCGAAAGUGGUGAUAUCGUCCGCGAAACCCGAGGACAGCGGCAGAUACGAGUGCGUAGCAGAGAGUACUUCCGGUCAUCGAGCCUCACUCGCGGCCCAGCUUCUAGUCGCUCACGAUACGAGAGUUUCGGAAACCACGACAGCGGCCUGGCCGAGGCAGGAGCAGCCGUGUCCGAUAGCUGGAGACUUCUGCAUGAACGGUGGUACCUGCCUGUUUUUCGAGACCGUCGGUGAACCAGCAUGCAGAUGCGCGGAAGGCUUCACGGGUCUGCGGUGCGAGACGAAGGACGUCAUCAGCACCGGAAGUGUGUACAACCGGCGUAGGGCGCCGUUUUCCUGCAAGCUGGGACUAUCGACCUCGUACUACUGCUAGCGAUAAUCGCGCGGGGCCCUUCCAUUCCGAGUAGACCCUUUUCUAACAUUGAACUCGGUGUACUCGGUAUAGUCGGUCGAAACAGCCUUUCGAGCCCACGAGAAGAAUGUCGUGAGAGGGCCAACGCGCGACCAAAAUAACAAACGUGGAGGCGAUUGUAAUAACGCGAUCGAUCUCGAGAUCGAGCGAAAUAUAUCUGCGAACGGAAACGCAGCGAAAUACACGGCGAGAACAUUGAGCAGGGGAAUAGGAAAAAAAAAAGAAAAAAAGAAAAUCAAACACGGGAGCGAAUCUACGUGCGGAUUUUUCGGGAACCGUUGUUGUCGGGCAUUAGAACGAGUCCUCUGUAUUGUAGGAACGGGUUCCAAAAUCAAUUUUUGGCACCGGGCAUUCGUACCUUCUUCUUUCUCUUCUUCUGUUUCUACAUCACCUCGACGAGUUUCUUCUAUUUUGCUCUAUUUCCUCCCUCGAUUCUUCCUCUUCUACUUCUACCGCCGUUACUAUUGUUACUUCUCUAUUAGAAAAUGUCGCGUUACGAGACGUGCCUCGCGUCUCUAUCGAAAUUCUAUUCGCGAGAAGAAAAGAAACGAACGGGAGAGCAUGUACGUUCUCGUACGUUUGAGUGUGCGUGUGUCUGUGUGUCCGUGUGUACGCGCGCGUGUGAAAGGAAAACGGAGAGACAGAGGUGAACGUACCAGAGGGUGUGCAAGGGAAAGAGUUAUGGCGGAUUCUCGCCUGUCCCGAACCCCUUCAGUUUCAUAUCGGGAAGGCAGAAGAGAGCGUUCGAGUGACGCUCGUGAUUCAGAAGUGGUGCUUGACCUCGAAAGAUCGCGAACCACCGAUGGAGAACGUAAAAAGGAAGGGAUGCAGUCAGAAGAGCAUUCGAAGGUCGCACUUUUCGGAGUCUCUACGGGAGAACAAUACCAAAGAGCCCAGGGUCUCGAUGAAGGACGUCGUGAGAACGGUUGAAACGCUCGGAGAUCGUCUUGGUCGAUACGUCUACGUAAAAGUAUACGAAAAAGAAAAAAAAACGAGUGUGCAACGCGCGUAGAGAAAGGAGGUUAGGUUUCGAAAGGUUACCUGUCGUGCAGGUAUCCAUCUUCAGCGACGGGAUUAACGCAAUCUCGAAACGCGUCUAAAUAUUUGACAGCCUCGAGUCUUGCCGUCUCGAAUUGUUCCAGAUCAAAGACGGUAGACGCGAUUCGAGAUUUCGCGACGAUCGGUUCGUUGAGAAAUUUCGUGAACCAAGUACCGCACGCUUAACGUCCGUUGCUACUCGUCCUCGGUGACUUCUCUUUCGCGACGAUGGAAGGGAGCAUCGUCGUAUUCGUCAUCGUCGUAGUCAUCGUCGUCGUCGUCGUCGUCGUCGUCGUCGUCGUCGUCGUCGUCGUCGUCUUCGUCGUCUUCGUCGUCGUCGUCGUUGUUGUCGUUGUUGGAAAAUGUAGGCCACACCGGUGAAGCGUAAAGUUGCGAGUGAGGAAGCAAAGAGGUUGGUCGCGAAAACUGGCCUAACGACGCAACACCAGAAACGAGAACCUCGGGCAGGCGAUAUAUAGUUGGACGUCUGGCCGAAAAUUUCUUCGUAUUUUUACGCGACCAUCGGCACAAUUCGAGAACGCUUCGCGUAGAUCGAUUGUGUCGCGCGACCAGAAUAAAUAUCGUAAUUCAUUGGUCGCCGGCGAAAUUAUCAUCGACGCGUGGUGGUCGUCGUCUCGCUUUUUCGCUUUCGACUCUGUUCCUUUCUUCGCGACGUGGUCGCGUUUUUCCCCAGAAUUUUCCAACAACGAUUGAUAAGGGCCGUAACUUCUUUACGUAUGUAAAAAUAUCACCGAGAGAAACGAGAACAUUAGCCACUCGAGCCAAUCGGUAGAGAAACCAAGGGAGAAAAAGAGAGAGACCACUAGGCAAAAACGAUUUUAUGUAAAAUAUGAUAAUGUAAUACGCGCUAGGCUAGUUAAAGCAGAGACUUAAGGUAGUUAAUGAAAAUAGAGAGCGAGAGAAAAAUGAUAGUAGAGAAAUGGAGAGAGAAUGGGUGCGUUGGUCGAGAACUUUCCGAACGAGACGAUUGAAUUGGGUCGAGUAAUUCAAGGCAAACUCAAAGUUUCGAAAUUUAUCGAUUUUUCGAAAGAUCGUUCGACACGUCUUUGACGAUUUUUAGUUUUCGCAUCGGAACGAGACUUUCUUUGCUACACGGUGUGGUACUUUUUUUUCUCCCUCUUAAAACACGCGUCUUUUCCGACAGCUACCAGAAAGAAAGUGGAACGAUGAUAUUUUGGGCGGACACGAUGGCGAAUCGAUCUCUUCCGGAAUUCUCGACGUUACGGCUUCGCGAGAUCGUAAAGAAAAAUGGAAGGGAGGGGGCGUUUAGGAUAUGCGCUGUGCUCCCCAGCAGUCUCGGGACCCUAUUUAUGUUUUAUAUUAUAUUAUAUAUAUAUAUAUAUAUUAUAUAUAUAAAUAUGUGUAUAAACAUUUUUAAUUUAUUUAUUUAAUUCAUUAAUUUUAUUGAUUUACGAUUAAACGUCAUCUCCAUCUCGGUAACCGCCUUUGUUUUUAAUCUUACGUUGACCUUUUCGUUACUUUUCUUUCUUUCUUUUAUUCAGAGUUUCUCACGGAUUAAAACGUUGCGUUUCCUUGAUUUUUCCGUUAAACGCCAGCAGGUAGGUGUACGUAUUUUCUUUUGUUACCAUCGAUUUCGCCUCGUUUGCGCAGCGAACUCGCAACAAGCUAAAUGGACGACGAUCGCACCGAUUAAGUCCCAAGAUCUCCAAGUUUUCGACAAUGGCGUUGAAUCUCGUUGCGAGACAAAAGGAAGGUAAAUGCACCGGCACGCGGAACGACUGAUUCGAAACAAAAGAUUCUUCCCGUAGAAAGUUGAUAGACGAAGUCAGGCCGUGGCACGAGAGGGAGUCGCGAUGCGACGAAAGAACCCUCGAAGAAAGCCAAUAGAAAAUUUUCAUAGCUAGCAAACAGUUUCUCGUCUGCCGCCUUUAGUCUCUUAUUGCAUUCCAGCGAGUCGUUUCGAGACGAGUCACUUUUCUUCCCUCGUGAAAAUAGCUUUCCGCUUGUUUCCGACCAAGGACGAGAAACGAUAAACAACGUCCGAGCUGAAACGCGACGUUGCGUUUUCAUUUAGAAAUCGUCAAAGAACCGUGCUACAAUCAGAAGGACCGAUCCGAUGCGCGAGGACAACGCGCGGUGAAAAGCAGAAAGGUACGAAAAACAGAGAAAAACGAAACAAUUCGCUGGAAAGCGUCGUUUCGCGUGCGUGUUAACACGAUUGCGCGAAAAGAUCCGUCGUAAAAGAAGCAACGUCCAUAAAACACGAACUACGCAACCACGUCGAUUCUCGUAACCGCUUCACUUAAUCGAACUUGCUGCUUUGAACGUAACUUUCCUACGGAAAGAUUGCAAGAUCACUGGCUACACCAUAGAAGAUUGAAAACGGCGUUACGCUCGGUAUCGGAAUACGGUGAUACCGCGUGAUAUUGCAUUUCGCGCUGUAUGGAUCGAACAACGAAAAGUUUCCGCGUGAUCAACGCCUAGUCGAAUCGAGCUGAGGCGAACCGAGCCAACCUGUUACUUCGGGAAAAUUCGUUUAAAAGUGCGAUAAUUCAUGAAUAAGUUGGCCAAGCCGACGGACUAUAAAUUAAUGUACAACGUCGCUCUGGCAGACGCUCGAAAAUAGAAAUGAUUUACUGGAUUACCCCUUGUGAAAUAUAAUCAAGCACUCGCCGCAAUAGGGAUCGUUUUAAAUUUAAUAUGAAUCUCGGUUAAAGGAAGCUUCCUGCUUAAAGGAAAUAAUCGCAUUUAACCGAUUCGGAUUAUUUUAAUGGGCGAUAAAUUUAAUUCAUUCGUUGGAAGAGAAUGCAGCUCGGGACGAGCUUAAGUUCGCGCCGCGCCUCGCAUGCGAUUACCGAAAUAGAAAUACGAAUCGAACCGCGGUUGGUUCUGGGAUAUUUGCUAACCGCGAUUCGCGUCGUCCCGGUUCAAGACGUGGAAAGAAAAAAACAUGGCCAGAGAAUCUGUCUUUUCUUCGCUGCACGGAGAACUUUCCACGCGAAAAUCAGCCCCCAAAGUAAAUCGGCCGUGGUUAGCUUUUAUUUUCCCAAGCGAUUUUUAUCGUCUGCUUUAUUUCUGGCGAAACUUAUUUUUCUCGCGUUUCUUCGACGACGAUGAGGCUCGCCGCUCUGCUGUUGACGGUGCCGAUUUUCGCGAAAAAAGCGACCAACGCUCGCCGAGUGAAGUAAAACGUAUGAAUAUCUACCGCCCGAGAUGUAUUAAACCUGUCUUGUGCAUGUACCGAAAGAGAAAUUGCUUCUGGCGCGACCGCCAGCCCUUGCCUGGAAAUUCAUUCGAUUUUCAUGAUUGCCGCACGCUGACGUUUCCUCGCUGCUUUUUCGUCAGGAACAAAGGUCAAGAAACGCGACAAGUGUUUCGCCGCCAAAGAACCAGCCGCUGCUUGUCGUUCACGAUCGGUCCGGAAAAAUUCAAGCACGGUUCAAGGAUGAACUUUAACAAACGCUGUCGUGCCGGACAACGCGGUGAUUAAUCGCGAUGCUAAUUAUCGAGAAGGGAUCCAUCACGCGGUGCGGUGGGAAAAUAAUGAAUCGGUAAACUCGAGAGAAAACAAAACAACGCGCAUUCCCGGGAAAUAGAAGACUGCGAAGACCGCUCGUUAAUUACCGCCCGGAGAUCACUCUUUCCCCGGUGACUACUUCGUCGUACGCGAUGUUACGAUUCCCAAUAGUGAACCAGAACCGCUAUUAUUAUACGUUAAAAACCGAACCGCACAGAACCGGUCUAUCUUUAUUUGCAAAACGUCGUGAUCAAGCCAAAAUUCAUACGUCAACGUCCUGUCCUUCCCAAGGGAUAUCGCGCGUUGACGUUCUCCUGCCAUCGGGAGCUGAGUACGUGAUUUCCAAACGGACUGUCCAGAGAACGCGAUCGCGCAUCCAGGCACGAACACGCUGUUGAUCUACGUAUGCGUUUAAUUGGGAUCUUUCGAAGUGUGUAAACGUGAUGAUCAUCGUAAUGCACAGGAUCCUGGAAACUAUAGACGUAAGCACAUCGAGAAAGAACGAGAUAUCGCGAUAGACAAAUAAAAGAAAUUCGUUUCUCCUCGGUCUUGCGAAAGUGCACUA